UCUUCGCGUGUAACAUUCGGGCCCGCCUUCAGUGAUUGCAUCCGAAUCGAAGGAAGGAUAAUUAGCACCGGCAACCCACAGUAAGUGCCGAUUGCAAGAAACCACAAAAACAGGUCACCGUCUGCGUGCUCAAGAAGGUGCUCGAAGACACAGUUUAGCAAGCUUCGGGGGCCGGGUUCGCAAGAAACGGGCAGCCGGACGGAAGUCGACAUGGCAGAGGCGGCAAACAGUGGGACGGCAUCGGUUGCGGCUGGCGCCGGAACGGCAGCAACGGCGGCGGGCGGUGGUGCAGCGGGCACGGCGGCCAACAACAAUGGUGUCGUCAACCAGAACCCAAAUGCCGAGGUAAUCCGCGGCCAGUUGUUCGAGGUUGGCCCACGGUACACGAACCUGGCGUACAUCGGUGAAGGAGCCUACGGAAUGGUUGUCUCCGCGGUGGACACCGUCACGAAGACCAAAGUUGCCAUCAAAAAGAUCUCGCCCUUCGAGCACCAGACCUACUGUCAGCGAACGCUGCGGGAGAUCAAAAUUCUCACCAGAUUCAAACAUGAAAACAUCAUAGAUAUAAGAGAUAUCCUCCGGGUGCCUAGUAUAGAGCAGAUGAAAGAUGUAUAUAUUGUUCAGUGCUUAAUGGAGACUGAUCUAUACAAACUGCUAAAAACACAGAGACUAAGUAACGAUCAUAUCUGUUAUUUCCUGUACCAAAUACUUCGUGGCCUGAAGUACAUUCACUCGGCAAACGUGCUGCACAGGGAUCUGAAGCCUAGCAAUCUGCUGCUGAAUACGACAUGUGAUUUAAAGAUUUGUGAUUUCGGUCUUGCACGUGUAGCCGAUCCCGAGCACGAUCACACCGGCUUCCUCACGGAGUACGUGGCCACCAGAUGGUACCGGGCACCGGAAAUUAUGCUCAACUCUAAGGGCUACACCAAAUCGAUCGACAUCUGGUCGGUCGGCUGCAUACUGGCGGAAAUGCUGAGCAACCGGCCAAUCUUCCCCGGCAAGCACUACCUGGAUCAGCUGAACCACAUCCUGGGCGUGCUGGGUUCGCCGUCGCAGGAGGAUCUCGAGUGUAUCAUCAACGAAAAGGCCCGCAGCUACCUGCAGUCGCUGCCGUACAAGCCGAAGGUCCCGUGGUCCCGCCUCUUCCCGAACGCCGACCUGAACGCGCUCGAUCUGCUCGGCAAAAUGCUGACCUUCAAUCCGCACAACCGCAUCUCGGUCGAGGACGCCCUGGCCCAUCCGUACCUGGAGCAGUACUACGAUCCGGCGGACGAGCCCGUCGCCGAGGAACCGUUCCGCAUCGCGAUGGAGCUGGACGAUCUGCCGAAGGAAACGCUAAAACGAUUAAUCUUCGAGGAAACGCUACGCUUCAACCACAACGAUAACAACCUUCCGGAUGGCAUGUAAAAAGCGAAACCGAUGCACACAACGGCCAAGGGAGAGGGGGGCACCAGCAGCAGCAACUACCACGCGUACGCGCGUUCGUGUUUCGAGCAACCCAUUCACUUCACUUCCUGCCCCCCGGAACGGGUGCCGGAACCUGCCCACCCGACCGACCGACCGGCGUUACUUAUUGGCAAGUUUUUAUUCGCGGCAAAGGACGUGUCACUUUCUUCGUUCUCUGUGUAUGUGUGUGUCUGUUGGUGCAUGCGACAGUCCCAGAAGCGCGCGCACUGUAUGCUGCUGCCGCCGGGAACCGAGAAGAAACACAGUGACAAGAGCGAGAGAGGGUUGCCAGAGCAGGGUGGCCUUCACAAAGCUUCACACAAUAACCAAACAAAAGCACCAGCGGCACGGUGUGAAAGACCGUGUGUUCCGCAACCGAGCGGCGCAGCACGCAGCAGCAGAACGGAUCCGGGCCGGUGAGGUUUAUUGUUUUCGUUUUGCUUUCGAAACUUUCAUUUUAAUUCGUUUAUACUGUACCGAGCAAUUAACUUCUAAAAUCCCGCCUCAAAUGGUGGUAAAAUGGUAGAAGAAGCAUUUUAAAGUUUCUGUAUGUCCGUACGUCGUCCUGUACGUGUGUGUGUGUGUUAGCGAAGGAAGGUUGCCAUUUACCAGGAACGAAAGACAGCUGUUUUCGAACCGGCCAGCAGCCAGAGGUCCUUCGAAUACACACGGUACACGGUAGUGUGUGCGGG